UUCCUUUUCUCGGGUUCCGCUAUUGCUUUCUUUGAGCUCAAGACAAGAAAACAAAGCUUUUUUUUUUUUUUUUUCUCUUUCUUUUUUCUGAAUUCAUAUAUAAGAAAAAAACCUCUUAAUGCUUCAGCUUCGCUUUCUUUCGACUUUGUGGAGCUUAAUCGGGAUCGAUGGCGGCGUUGCAAUACCUAGAGUCUCUUCGAAAUGAGCGUCCAGAGCUAGCCGACUGGUACAAUUCUCUUGCAGAUCUAUAUCAGAAGAAGCUCUGGCAUCAGCUCACUCUCAAGCUUGAGCAAUUCGUUGCUCUCACCGUCGUUCAGGCUGGAGAUGCACUGAUACAGUUGUAUCAUAAUUUUAUCACUGACUUCGAGACCAAGAUUAAUCUUCUCAAGCUUGCACAUUUUGCUGUUAUAGUUUCUCGGCAGUACUCAGAGAAAGAAGCUGCUAUUAGUUAUCUUGAUGGGGUGGUUGAAAAGCUUCAGGCUACUAGAGAGAUGCGCAUAGAAGAGCCAAUUCUUUAUAUUAAGAUGCAAAUUGCCAAAUUCAAGCUUGAUCAGGGUGACCAAAAGGAGUGCAAGAAACUUCUUGAAGAUGGAAAGAGUACUCUUGACAGUAUGACUGACAUAGAUCCAACUGUAUAUGCUAGCUAUUAUUGGGUUUCAUCUGAAUACCAUAAAUUUCGCCAAGAAUUUGCUGAGUUUUAUAGAAGUGCUCUCCUUUAUCUUGCAUACGCAUCAGUGGAGUCUCUCUCAGAAUCUUUUAAGCUGGAUUUGGCAUUUGAUCUGUCCCUUUCUGCUCUUUUGGGAGAUAACAUCUACAACUUUGGAGAACUGCUUGCUCAUCCUAUUAUAAAGAGUCUUCUGGGGACCAUGGUUGAGUGGCUUUACUAUAUCCUCCAAGCUUUCAACUCAGGGGAUUUAGUUCGCUAUCAAGAAUUGUGUCGUGCGCACAAUGCUGCAUUGAGGGCUCAACCUGCCUUGGUUGAGAAUGAGAAGAAGCUCUUGGAAAAAAUUAAUAUUCUAUGCUUAAUGGAGAUUAUCUUCAGCCGCCCUUCCGAAGAUCGAACUAUCCCUUUAAAAGUUAUUGCUGAGCGAACAAAACUGUCGAUUGAGGAUGUUGAGCAUCUGCUCAUGAAGAGCCUGUCUGUUCAUCUGAUUGAGGGCAUAAUUGAUCAAGUUGAGGGAACAGUUCAUGUCUCCUGGGUGCAGCCGAGAGUUUUAGGAAUUCCGCAGAUCAAAUCCUUGCGUGACCGGUUGGAUAACUGGGUGGGCAAAGUACACGCUGCUUGGUUGUCAAUUGAGGCCGAAACACCUGAUCUUGUUGCAUCAUGAUUUUUUUCUCUAGUUCCUUUCUGCCCAGUGUAACAAUUUCCUUAUUUGAAAAAAAAAAUAAAAAAAAAGGACAUCACUUGAUGAGCAAUGAGGAUAGAGACAAGUAUUAAUUCGUGUGGGCAGUAGAGCCAACUUUGCUUCCUUUAGAGAAAUUGCUUGAUCCUAAAAUCGUUCUUCUGAAAGGAGCGGCUUUUGUACUGCUCACUUUUUGGCAUUUGUUGGAUCUACAAUGGCGCAAGCAUGCCUAAGGAUGUAGUUAAAUAGAAAACACGUUAAGGUGGUUCUUUAACGUUGUAUUGGGAAUUUUCAUUAGAAACAAUUAGAUGUUCCCUUUUUUAAGUGGA